AUGGACCUUGAACGUUUAUCUCAAUAUGAACUCCUUGAAAAAAUUGGCAAAGGCUCCUUUGGUGAAGUAUUAAAAGCUUUUGCCAAAGAAACAGGCGAAAUUGUUGCUAUGAAAGUUAUAGAUCUAACUGUAAAUUUUAACCCAGGAUGCAGAAGACUCACUAGACAGCUUAAACAGGGAAAUCCAAAUUUUAAAAGAAUGUCAAAAUCCCAGAAUAACGAACUUUUACGAAUCAUUUGUGUGUGAAGGAAAGCUGUAUAUUGUUAUGGAAUAUGUAGCUGGAGGUUCAGUAAAAGAUAUUUUGAAGGUUAGAGGGCCAUUACAAGAAAUCUACAUCCCAAUUCUCCUUAAAGAACUUUUACUUGCUUUAUCAUAUUUAUGUUAUCAAAAAAUCUAUUUUUUCCAAAAUUUUAUAAAAAAUCUAUUUUUCAAAAAUUUAAUAAAUUUUCAUGGCGAUUUUAAAAUUACCCAUAUUUACACUCUAAUAUGAAAAUUCAUAGAGACAUAAAAGCAGCAAAUAUUUUGCUUUCUAUGGAUGGCCAAGUAAAACUUGCUGAUUUCGGAGUAACAGCACAAAUAACAGAAAGCGUGAAUAAAAGGAAUUCUUUUGUAGGGACGCCUUAUUGGAUGGCUCCUGAAGUAGUCGUACAGUCUGGCUAUGAUUAUAAGGCUGAUAUUUGGUCUGUUGGCAUCACAGCAAUUGAGCUGGCUACAGGAAAGCCUCCACACAUGGACCUACCUCCGCUAUCUGCUUUAUUUCGUAUCCAAACUGACCCUUCUCCUCAGCUCGAUCAGUCAUUUUCUCCUGCUUUCAGAGAUUUUGUUUCCCAAUGCCUUGAAAAGAACCCCAGCCUGCGACCUGACACUGCUUCCUUACUAAACCACAAGUUCAUCAAAAAUGCCAAAAAGCCUUAUUAUCUAACUGACCUUCUUGACUCCUCUACUGUUUUAAAGCGUGAGCAUUUCCGUUCCUCUUCAUCCCAGUCCCCAGCCAAUACAAUUUUGCAUAUUUCUGAUAAUUCUCACAGACAUUCCCACAGUUCAGAAAGUGCUAAAAUGAGACAAUUAACACAUAGAAAAAAUUCUAGUAAUUGUUCUUCUAAUUCAAAUUCUAUAAUUUCAGGCACCGUUAUAGCCGGCUUAGGAUGCCAAAUAUAUUAAUUCUAAGACAAAAUAAAUAUAUUGCUUUUCAAUUAAUAUUUUUACAUUUGGGAGAUGCCUAAUGCCAAGUAACCACAGUUAAUUUACUAUACACUAAACAGUGUAGAAAUGAUGCCUGAUGACAUAAGUGGGGCUGCUGUUAUGCUACCUAGAUGGAGCCAAGAGAAUCCUGGGCUGAUUGUAAAGGAGCCUUCUUUUUUGACAAUAGUAGAAAACGCUGUAGCUAAUAUUGAGAGAAUUGAAGAUUUAAGCUGCGUCGAUAAAUUAAUAUUGGCUAUAGCAGAAAUGGAAUUAAAAGACCCAAGACUGGCGCCUAAGAUAUUUGCGGAUGUAAUGAAAAUAUAUAAAGGGAAUUACCCAGAGGAAUAUAGACUUAACUUAACUUAAAUUUACAGGCGUCCGCCGUAGUGUUGACGCAGUCACCAAGGACCCAGUAUUAGGGUUCACCUGCUUUGCGGUAUAGUCCAGACUGGCCAUAUAAACCAGUCACCAGGACAUACACCUACUCCUUCCCACGCGCAUGAGCCGUGGCUUAGUGUUGAGUGGGCGGGCUAUGGGCUUCUGCGGCUGCUGCUUGAGUUGACGAGAGUUGGCUUUCCGAAAUUCCAAAAAAUGGAAUUUCUGGUCACCUUUCGGCAAAAAGGGAAACUCCAAGUCCUGGGACGUAACGCCCAAUUUCACGCUAGGUAAUUGCCCGAAUGGUCUAGGCAUUGCCUGUAGACUCUGCUGGGCUUACCCUUUCCAAACCUGGGAACCCUUUUCUCUCGGGGAGAAAAUCCAUUCUGGUCGUUGAGCUUGGGCCAGGCUCUGCACUGCAGAAUUGCUUACCAUGGCAUUGCUGCUCAUUUCCGGAAUGGCAAAACCUUGCCGGAUAUAAUUAAAAUAUGAGUCGAGUAUGUGUGGCCGGAGGCCACACCCAGACGAAGACGCCAUAUUUUAAUUAUCAGAGGAAUAUAGACAGUUAUUUAAUUAA